CAGCCAUGCUGUUAUGAAAGAAAAGAUGGAAGAGUCCUUUGUCUGCAAGCACCCCAGAUUUGCAUGGGGACUUGGAAGUAUUGAUUUCCAGCAUCCAACCUGAACUGCUUUCUCAACUGCAUGGUCCUACAACAGAAUUUGGUCUGGUAAAAGAGUUUUGUAGAAGAUGGGAAUGGAUGUAAAAUAUCUCAAGGAAUGCUUAGGAAAAUGCUUGGCGGAGGGACUUGCAGAGGUGGCUGACCGCCAGCCAGUGGAUCCCAUCAAUUUCCUGGCAUCCUGGAUUUACAGCUACAAGAAAACAAUAAACGAAGAGGAAAAGAGGAAAACAGAGAAGGCCCAGCUGGAAGGUGAACAUGAAGAGGCCCUUGCAGAACUGGAGAGGACAGAGAAGCUGGAAGCUGAACAACUCCUAAUUGCUCAGAAAUCUGAAGAGCAGCAGAAGAUCUUUGCAAAGCGACAACCGGAAAAUACUAUUGCAGAAUUAACUGAAAAGCACGGAGCACCAGAUCUGCUGACUGUUAAAGAACAGGAUGAAAAUAGUUUAAAUGAAAAGAGAACUACAGAGAAAGAUGUGAACAUUCCAGAAGAAUUUGAAACUAUUGAGUCAAAGCAAGAGGCAUUACGAGACAAACUGGAUCAAGGUGACUUAAAUGUUGUAAAGAAUACGAUGGAUGAGAUACCUGGUGAGGUAAGUACUAGCGUAACUCUUCAAGAACCCUUGCCUGAGAUCAUUGUGGAUGAAGAUUUUAGUCAGAUUCCCAAGGAGAUGUUGGAUAACGGAGAGGAAAACCAAUCAGAAGAUGAUGAAGUAACUGAGAAUGAACAUGAUAUACAAACGGAAGAUGACACUCCAGAUGAAGAAUACAAACUCAGCCAAGAUCUGAAUUUGGAAUAGCAGCACAAUGCUACCCAUGUUUACUUGGAAGUAAGUUCUACUGAGUUCAACAGGGCUUUGUCCCAAGACAUUGUACACAGAGUGCAACCUAAAACUGAAAUGAAAAGCUUAAAGAGUAGGAUUAGAUUUGUCACUUUCUCUAACUUGCAGUGAUGGAUGAUGAAAGUAUUUUCUUCCUGGCUAAAAUGAUAUCCACAUUUUCCAGUCCAUAUUUUCCAUUACUGUUGCACUGGAAUGUUCAAUGCCUUGGUAAAAUUAGUGUAUUCUUCACUUUUUUUCUAGAACCUCUCCUAUAUCUGAAUAUCUGUGGUGCCUCUGUUACAAGGAAUUCCACUUAUUUUGCUUUGGAAACCCUUUUUUUAACUGAACCAAAAGCCCCAACCUUUCUGGGUCCAUGGACACAUUUAGAAUUUUGAGAGUGUUGCAGCUGCCCUCAUCAAAUGGCUGCCAUGAUGGGGGUGGGGCACUCAUUCAUAAAAUGGCUGCUGUGCUAUAAGACCCAGAGAGAGGGAAAACACACAGUGGAGACAGGGUGGAAAUUAAAAUGCUCCAAAUGCACAAACAGAGGGGACGGGAAGGGAACUACGGGCACGCAGACCUGGAGAAGGGAUUUGGCGAAUGGGGGGAAGGAAACCACACACACACACACAAGAUGGGGUACCGCAGAGACCCAGAGAAAGAAAAAGGAAACGCAGAACCGCUCUGCUUUUUUCUUCUCUCCUCACCCCCUUGACCUUCUCCACUCUUCCCAGCCCUCCAUUUUAUUUUAUGUUCAACAUUUUUGCAGCAUGAAUCCUGAUCAUUUCACCUUUUGCCAGGCUGGUCAUUUCAGCCUGGGGAAAUACAGAGGUGAAAGAGAAAGUAGGCAGGAGUGAGCUCUUUUCACUUCUUCUCUUCUCUUCUACAAGUAUGAGACUGCUCUCGUUCCACUUCCAAAGUGGGGAAAGGGUCAUUCCUUCCUAUGAACACACACCUAUCAGAUUCUGCACAGGGGUGGAUUAAGACAGAAUCGGAGGGGUGUGUGUGUGUUCAAUGGAGCAGUGAGUAGGGACAGGGUGAGGCUUAGCAGGCACUGGGGAGGUGUUCAUGGGCACCCAGAGGUGCUGCAUGGAAGACUCCAGGGUUAGGCUAAUAAGCUCUUACCACCUGCAAGUACAGCUGGAGUUUUAAAAUUGAUCAUUGAUUAUAUACAAAGCAGUGGAAGUUGACAGAGUGGUUUGCCUGGAGACAGGCACACCUGCUCUCGACUUA